AUGAAUUCUGUCAUUCCCAAAUGCUUUUAUAGUUUUCCCAAUCUGGCACACCUCUACCUUCGUGGUAAUAACUUGCAGGGCACUAUUUCAAGCGACGUAGCAAAUUUGACUUCUAUUGUCAGUUUUGACUUGUCAGAUAAUGCUUUAGCAGGAAGUAUACCGAAAUCUAUGGGAAAACUUUGCAAUUUGGAGGCAAUUGAUUUGUCAUACAAUAACUACAAAGGCAGAGUCUCAAUGGUAUUUGAAAGCUUGUUGUCGGGUUGCCUUGUAAAAAAGCUAAAGUCCUUGCAUUUGGAUGGAAAUUUGUUUGAUUCCUUUACUGGAGAAAUCUCAGAUGAAAUAGGAGUUUUCGAGAAUUUAGUUGAUCUUUCUCUCAAAAAUAAUAAUUUUUCUGGUCCCAUUCCUAUGUCAAUAUGUCAAAACUUACGAUCCAUAAAGUCAUUAGAUAUUUCUAGAAACAAUUUCAGUGGCUCUAUUCCAGAAUGCUUGGUUUCUCUCAAAAAGUUAGAAUUCCUCCGAAUCUCCUAUACCCAAUUAAGUGGACCACUUCCAAAAAGUCUUGGGUCUCUCUCAAAAUUAAAAUCUCUCGUUAUUUCCUAUAAUCAAUUAAGUGGACCACUUCCAAUCAGUCUUGGGUCUCUCUCAAACUUAGAAAUUCUUGAUAUUGCGUCAAACAAUUUCGAAGGUGAUGUGUCUGAAGUUCAUUUUUCCAACCUCACAAAGCUCAUUGAAAUACAUGCUUCUGAAAAUAAUUUGACUAUGAAAGUAAGUUCAUACUGGACUCCUCCCUUUUCUCUUGACUCUGUGGAACUAAGAAAUUGGAACUUGGGUCCUCAUUUUCCUGUAUGGCUAAAAUCACAAAAAAGUAUUUCUGAGAUAGACAUGUCCAACACUGGAAUUUCAGAUGUCAUUCCUAGUUGGUUAUGGAAUUGUCCUUCCCAUAAUAAAUAUUGGUGUCUUUCUAUUGACUUGUCCGAAAACCAAAUCUAUGGAGAAAUUCCUGAAUUUCCAAAUGAUGGUUCUUAUAACUUAAACUUGAGCUACAACAAGUUGACAGGUUCGUUACCUCAUAUUCCAGUUGCCAUCAUACUAGAUCUUUCAAAUAACUACUUGGCUGGUAGCAUUUCUAACUUUCUUUGUUAUCGAAAAACUUAUGCAAUAAGUCUAUAUCUCGAAAAUAAUCUUUUAUCAGGAAAGAUUCCCAACUGUUGGAUGUAUUGGCCAAGGUUAUUGACGAUAGACUUGGAUAACAAUAAUCUCACUGGGAAAAUUCCAAGCUCUAUUGGAUCUUUACAUGAGUUACGGUCAUUGCAUAUUCACAAUAAUAGCCUCAUUGGAGAAAUACCAGAGCCUCUUAAGAAUUGUUCAGCUUUAAGUGUUCUUGACCUUAGUUUUAAUAAGUUGGUGGGAACUAUACCAAGAUGGAUCGGAAGUCUUCCAAUGCUGCGCUUUCUUGUGCUUCGUUCAAACAACUUGACAGAUCUUAUUCCAGUUGAGCUAUGCAAACUUUCUUCACUUCAAGUAUUGGAUGCUAGCAACAACAAUUUGACAGGGGUUAUACCGAAAUGUUUAAAAAAUUUAACGGCUAUGACCUCUAAAUCAUAUCAAUUUCAGUCAAUGUAUUAUUUUGUCAUCACCGCUAAUAAUCAACAAUCUAGAGAGAAUGCAAAUCUUGUAAUUAAAGGAAGGGAAAACCAGUACGACAGCAUCUUAUAUCUCUUAAGUGCCUUAGACCUUUCAGACAACAAAUUAUCAGGAGAAAUCCCAGAAGAACUUACAAGUCUCCAAGCAUUACAAUCGCUGAAUUUGUCGGGAAACUAUUUGAGUGGGAGCAUUCCAAAGAAGAUUGGCAGUAUGGCAAAGUUGGAAUCUCUUGAUCUCUCAAGAAACCGAUUGUCCGGUCACAUUCCUUCAGGACAAAUUCCAACAAGCACCCAACUGCAAACCAUGGAUGCUUCGGGCUUUAUUGGCAACAAAUUGUGUGGACCACCACUCCUCAUAAAGUGUAGAGAGGAUCAUCUGACAUUGAAUAGAGAUGCAAGUAGUGAAGAUGGAGAAAGAAAAGAUGAUGAAUACUGGUUCCGAUUGGGCAUAGGAAUGGGGUUUGGAGUGAGCUUUGUAGGUGUCAUUGGAGAAAUUCCCACAAGCACCCAACUUCAGAGCAUGGAUGCUUCUUGCUAUAUUAGAAACCAACUUUGUGGACUUCCACUCCUGAAAAAGUGCAGAGAAGAUCGUGAAAUAACACCUAAGGAUGCAAGUACUGAAGAUGAAGAAGAGAAAUACUGGUUUCGAUUAGGCAUAGUGGUCGGAUUUGGAGUUGGCUUUGCAGGUGUCAUUGGUCCUAUGUUGGCCUGUGGUUUUUGGAGACGUGCUUACUCUUGGUUCUUCAACGAGUACAUGUGGUACAAGAUUGAGGAUUGCUUUAUCAGAGUAAGGUACAAGCUGCAAAAUUAG